CAUUUUAAAGAUCACAUGACUGCACGACUGAACAAGUCCUUUGUUAACUGCAACGUCAAUCUGCCUGCUGCCUGCAGGCAUUGUGGGCUGUCUUCUGUGCACUCUUACUCAAGCUACCUUUUACUUUUGGAGUACUCCUACAGAGGAUAUCACGCCGAGUGGACCAAGAUGAAGAACAUUUCCCUGCUUCUGUUGGUUGCAUUAACAACCCUCGCGGAGUCUCAACAAGACAUCAGCCGUGCCAAGCGGGAGCUUUUGGUGCGUUCCAAAAGAAGGUGGGUUUUGUCUACAAUUGAAAUAGUAGAGGAAGAUAAAGGGCCAUUCCCCAAAAAAAUUACAACGAUGUAUAAUGACAAGACAGCUGAGGACGGGCAAAUCUACCGUAUCCAUGUAACGAGUGACACCGACUCGUCAGUGUUCUCAAUUAAUGAAAAUACCGGAGACGUCUAUGUCCAUAGAUCUAUCGACAGAGAGGAAACAGAUUUCUUCAAAAUCUCGUUUGAUAUAUUAAGCAAAACGCUGCACACUGCAAUAGACGACAAACUAGCUUUUGAUGUACAAGUGAAGGACAUCAAUGACAACGCGCCAACAUUUUUCGACCUUCCUACGAUUGUGGAUGUGAAGGAAAACUCUGAAGAGGGGUUCUUGCCAGUGCAGCUGAAGGCCUCGGACAGAGAUCAGACGCGCACACCUAACUCUCAAAUCACCAUCAGAUUGGUUAAACAGACCCCAGCAGAGCCCAAGAUUGGUUUGGAGGUGAUUAGUGAAGGAAUGGCCCAGCUCACCUUUACAGGAUGUUUUGACUACGAAAAAGAAAAGACAUAUAAAGUUACUGUUGAAGCAAAAGAUCAUGGAAAUCCGCCCCUUUCCUCUACUGCUGUUGUUACUCUAAAUAUUGUUGACUCAAACACUCAUCCACCGACAUUCAAGGAGAAAAAGUACCAAGGUAAGGUGUUAGAAGCAACCAUCAAGGACGAUGUUUUGAGAAUUAUGGUGGACGACAAAGACACGCCUAAAACUCCAGGCUGGCGUGCCAAAUACUUCUUCAUUGAAGGGAAUCAGGAAGGAAACUACAAAAUUGAAACUGAUCCCGCAACUAACGAGGGCAUUCUGAGCGUCAUCAAGGGCAAGGAUUACGAGACGACAACUAACACUACCCUGGUGGUUGGAGUGGAGAAUGAGGAACCUUUAUUUGUUUGUAAAUCUAAAUCAACGGCCCGCCCACCUCCAGAUACUGCAAACAUCACAAUCAAAGUGAUAGAUGUCAAUGACCCACCUUACUAUGAGAAAGGUUUAUUUAAUGUGUACCAGAAAGAAGAGGAGGCGCCAGGAAAGGUGCUGUUCACGCCAAAAGUGAAAGACGAUGACUCCGACGAAAUCAGGCAUGUGAUCAUUAAAGAUCCAGCUGGCUGGGUGACCAUUGAUGAGAAAACAGGAAAAAUCACAACAACUAAGAAGAUGGACAGAGAGUCACCAUUUGUUGAUGACAAAGGCAUUUACAAAAUUAUCAUCGGUGCUACGGACAAUGGUGAGCCUCCAGCCACAGGUACAUGCACUGUCCUGGUCCACCUAGGGGAUAUAAAUGACAACGUGCCCAAGCUGGUCAGUAAUACGGUGAUUAUGUGUGGAAACAAGGACAACAAGGUCAUGGUGUCUGCCAACGACACAGACGCCAUUCCAUUCGGUGCACCCUUCAUCUUCUCCCUGGGGGGUGAUGACAAAACUCUGAAGCAGCGAUGGAAACUAGACCCUACCUUUGGUACGGCCAGUGGGCUAAUUAGCCUGACUACCCUUGCUUAUGGUAACUACUCAGUGCCCCUGGAGAUUAAAGACCAACAGAGCUCGACCGGCAGUGAAAUUUUGAACGUGGUAGUGUGUGACUGUGGAGAGGGAGAUGUUUGUCGUAGAAAAUUGCCGUCUUCAUCAAGCCUUGGGCCAGCUGGCAUUGGACUGCUCUUUCUAGGACUCUUUCUGUUUCUGCUCCUCCUCUUUACCUGUCAGUGUGGAGGCAAGCAGAAGCACAUGCCCAUGGUGGAGGAUGAGGGCAAACAGACCCUCAUCAAGUACAACCAAGAAGCAGGGGGCUCCGCAUUGAAGGCUGAGCACACUCUGCUUUUUACAAAUAUAAACAGUGUGGCUGUGACAGAUGGCCUAAAGACUGGCAGCAUGAAGAUGUCUCAGGCUACUCAAGAAAUGUCCCUGGACAGGAUUGCGUACAACACUGCCCAAAAGAACAAUACCAUGACUUCAAUGGGCACGCAGGCUCACAGACACACUCUCAGAAGCCAGAGCCAGGGAGGAGGGCAGACCACGUACUCUACAUGGACAAACAGGUCUAACACCUACCAGGGAGGCUCAUCAACAUAUAAACGCUCUUACAGCCAAGUGUCAAAUCAUCAGAUCACAGAUCAGAUCGCCAGGAGAUUGCACACGCUUGAUGUGGACCACCCAGUGUACCUGCCCCACGAGUAUGCCUACGAGGGACAGGGCAGCCAUUGCAAAUCUCUGGAAACCCUGUCAAUGAGCAGCGAGCCGGGAGAUGAUUUGAUGUUUCUAAAUAAUUUGGAGCCAAAGUUCAAGACCUUGGCGGGCAUUUGUUACCAGACACUUCAAGAAAAAAACAUUCACAUCUAAAAGGCACCACUGGACUGGGAUUUUUUUAUCAAGCAAGUUGCUAUUCGGUCCGAGUUUGACAUUGUAAUUUUGGACGGAUUUGACUGAAUCUUUGAAGAAAAGAUAUGUGACAAUGGUUGGAUUACAUCUCACAUAUUCGUUUAUUGCAUGUUGGCAUCCCCAUGGAACAAGGAUUUAUAGCUUUUGAGGUUUAAGGUUUGGGGUUUGUGGACGAUUUUGCUUGCUUGAAGAUCGGGGCACUGCACAAACUGCUUCUGGUGCUCUGGUGAUUUUGAAAUGUUUCGUUUGACAGUGACUGGGUGUGUUUUUUUACUUUGAUAUUUUAAGAGUUGCAGUCAGUGGUUUCAGCAGCCCAUCAUUUCUAGAGCUUCCAGAUCUCUGCAGAAUAAAUCCAGACAGCGCGCUAGAAUCUGAGUUUUCUCUUGCACACUAAAACAACUUUUGAACAUAAACACGUUUUUAAACUGUAUGUUCAUCUGUGGUAUAUAGGUUGUUUUAUUUCUGACAGUUAUCCCAACAUAUCCUGUGCAGAAAUUUGACCGGUUAAAAUCAUUGUAGUUUGACAGUACUGGGACAAUGGUAUUGUUUAUAAUAAACAGAAAUACCAUACCUGUUUGUGGCUUGCUGUUUAUGAUUUGGUGAUACAGCGUUGGGGUAUUAACAACCCUGCAACGCUACAUGGUUCCUUUCUUGCUAUGUUUCUUGUGUGCAUUUUUGAAUCUGCCCUCUUAAAUGUGCAUUCUUUCAGAAAACAUUGAAAUUUACA